CCCUCGUUGAAUACAACUCAACUACCAACUAAUUCUCUCAAUCCUCCAUUGUCCGGCCAUUAAUUUAUUUCCAAUUUUCUCUCUAUAAAUAACCAAAGUUCUCACUAGCUUAUGUACCCAACACUCGAGCAAAAAUAUUUGUAGUAUUAUACCCUUCACUACUUCGAAUCCUGACACUACACUCUAUUGUUUUAUCUUCCCCCAAUUUUUUAAGAAUGGAAAUGGUAGGUAAGAUUGCAUGCUUUGUGGUUUUGUGCAUGGUGGUGGUUGCACCCCAUGCAGAGGCACUGAGCUGCGGCCAAGUUCAGUCCGGCUUGGCUCCUUGUCUCCCUUAUUUGCAGGGCCGCGGCCCUUUGGGGAGCUGUUGUGGUGGUGUUAAAGGUCUGUUGGGUGCAGCCAAGUCCCCAUCUGACCGGAAGACUGCAUGCACUUGCCUGAAAUCGGCUGCUAAUGCUAUUAAGGGUAUUGAUAUGGGCAAAGCCGCUGGUCUCCCUGGUGCUUGUGGUGUCAACAUUCCUUACAAGAUCAGCCCCUCCACAGACUGCUCUAAGGUCCAGUAAGUUUGAUGAAAGAUCAGAUUUUCACCGCACUCUUUGGCAGUAGUGCAAUCAUGAUCAGGAGCAGAAUAUAAUAAGAAUAUGGAUAUCGAGUUAUUUGAUCCAGCUUAUGGAUCCAUUUCUAUUUUGUGUCUGUUAUCUCUUCUUUUUUCUGUCUUUUCGAGUAAUAAUCGAGUCUUGUAUGAAACUUUGGUGGAUGGUUGUAUUAUAAUCCAAUCUUGAUAUUUAGACAUCUAUCUUAUUUAGUUA